ACGGCAACAAGCGCCAUGAUGGUGAUUGCGUCGCGCUGAGCGCCUCCAGCAGCUGGUUAUCACCAUGGAGCAGCUGGAGGAGGAGCUGACGUGCGCGGUGUGCUGUGGUCUCUUUGAGGACCCGCGCGUCCUGCUGUGCUCGCACAGCUUCUGCAAGAAGUGCUUGGAGGGUCUCCUGGAGGGGAUCCGAGCCUUCAGAACGCCCCUCAAAUGCCCCACGUGCCGCAAGGAGACCCCUCACAACGGCGCCAGCAGCCUGCAGAUCAACUACUCCCUGCGCGGGAUAGUCGACAAGUUCAGCAAAAUCAAGGUGGCGCCCAAAAUGUCCGUGUGCAAGCAGCACCACGAGCAGCCGCUCAACAUCUUCUGCGCCACCGACCUGAGGCUCAUUUGCGGCGUUUGCGCAACCACCGACGCGCACAGGGGCCACGACUUCUGCUCCCUGGAGGAGGCGCACGAGCGAGAGAAGGAGGCGUUUGAUGGGCUGCUGCUGCGCGUGGAGCGCUGGCAGAGCGCGGGCGCGCUGUCCUGCCUGGAGACGCUGCAAGCCAACAAGAAGAAGGCGCUCCAGUCGGUGAGCGCGGACGCAGAGAAGGUGGCGGACUACUUCGACAAGCUCGUGAGCGCGCUCGAGAGCAAGAAGAGCGAGAUCCUGUCGGACUUCGAGACGCUGCGGCUGAAGGUGAUGCAGGCGCACGACCCGGAGGUCAGCAGGCUGAGCGCGGCGCUGGACGAGCAGAAGGCGGCGCUCCGCGUGUCCGAGUCCAUCCGGCGCGCCACGGACCAGCUGGGCUUCCUGCAGCUGAUGCAGGAGUUUCGAGAGAAGAUGAAGGUCCUGGAGGAGACUCCCCUCCCCUCGCGUAAAGACGUGCUGGUCGCACCGCUCGUGCGCAACUUCGACGUGAAGAAGUGGGAUUCCCUCCAGCUCCGAGAGGUGGACAAGAUCUCAGUCCCGCAUGAAAGUGGCGCGUACAGAACGGGUGGAUCAGGGAUGGCGGGGUGCAGGGUGGUGGUCCUGGUUCUGUUCUUUCUGGCACUCCUCCUCCUCCUGCUCAUCACUGAUGAUGGGACCUGGAAGAGAACCCCAUUAAUCACUAAACUCUCCUCCCACGCUAAAGAAAUGACUGACAUGCUGAUGGAUGCAGGUCAGAAAUAUUUAGCAAGCUCAACUGUACACUUUAUGGACACUUGUAAGUUCUAAUCAGCCUUUUGGGCUUCUCAUAACACUCACCAUCAAAAGACUGUAAAGAAAUAGAACACGUGGAAACAUCAAA